AUGGGUGGCUCGGAUCAGACAAUGUGGACGAGCAACAUUCCGAGUCUAGGUGGCCUCUCGCCGCCCACGCCUCAACCUAUGGUAUUCCACGAGCCUACAACUAUGAUUCACUCCGCAGACCACGUUUCAUGCCCGCAGACAUGGUACGAAGAGAUAUCGGCGUCGAUUGAGCACGGAUUCGGCUCGUAUCUCAGUGACACAACACCAUCACAAAUUUUGGCUAUGCGAGACGACGCAAGUACGUCACAUUUUACGCCAUCAGCAUCGUGGCCAGAUUCUGGCUAUUCGCUAUUACAUCAGCAGACGUUGGCGGAGCCGACAUCUUAUUACAACAACAUUGGUUGCUAUUCCGGUAGUCAGCUGUCAUCGCAAGACUGGUUGCCCUAUUCCAUGCCAAAUUGGAUGUUUGAGCCUACGAUUCCCGAAUUAACCACCGUUCUAUCAGGACAAUUCAAUACGAUCCUUCAAUCUGGGCUGGGAGGUGGCAUGGUGUGUGAAAAGUCACCAUACUCUCAUCUUUGA